AUGUCCGACUCCGACGGCGACUUUGUCGAGUCCGAAGACGACCGCCACAGACCCUCGCGGCCGGCGGGCGGCGGCAAGGAGGCGCGUAAGAAGAAAAAGGCCGGCAAGGCAGCGGCAUGGGAGGUCGUUAAGCGGUCGUGGGAGACGGUCGAGGAGGGCGCCGACGGCAGCCUCGACGUCGAGGGGCGGGCCGAGGCCGAGAAGCGGCGGCGGCUGCUGCGCGAUACGACGCCGCUGCAGCGCGGCAUCAUCCGGCACCUCGUGCUCGUGCUCGACAUGAGCUUCGCCAUGGCCGAGAAGGACCUGCUGCCCACGCGGCUGCGGCUCACGUGGCGCCUCGCGCGCGAGUUCGUCAAGGAGUACUUUGAGCAGAACCCCAUCUCGCAGAUGGGCAUCGUCGGCAUGCGCGACGGCGUCGCCGUCCGCGUCAGCGAGAUGGGCGGCAACCCCGUCGAGCAUGUCGAGGCCAUCAACAAGUGGGCCGAGAUUGACCCGCAGGGCAGCCCGAGUUUGCAGAAUGCGCUCGAGAUGUGUCGUGGUGCCCUGUUCCACGCGCCGAGCCACGGCACGAGAGAGGUGCUCGUCGUCUACGGCGCCCUGCUGUCGAGCGACCCCGGCGACAUCCACGACACGAUCGCGAACCUCCUCGCCGACAGGAUACGCGUGUCGAUCGUCGGGCUCGCGGCCCAGGUGGCCAUCUGCGAGGAGCUCUGCCGCAAGACCAACGCCGGCGACGCGACGCAGUACAACAUUGCCCUCGACGAGAUGCACUACCGCGAGCUGCUGCUCCGCACGACGACGCCGCCCGUGACGCGCACCCAGGCCCAGAGCACGGCCUCGCUCCUCAUGAUGGGCUUCCCCUCGCGCACCCUCGCCCCCGCCGACACGACGGCCUACUGCGCCUGCCACAACACGCCCGUCCGGGAGGGCUACCUCUGCACCCGCUGCGGCACCCGCGUCUGCCGCCUGCCCGCCGAGUGUCCCGCCUGCGGCCUGACCCUCAUCCUCUCCACCCACCUCGCCCGCUCCUACCACCACCUCUUCCCGCUGCGCAACUGGGUCGAGGUCCCCUGGGCCCGCGCCGCCGCCUCGCGCGCCUGCUACGCGUGCCUCGCGCCGUUUCCCGACCCGCCGCCCCAGCGCCGCGGCCACAGGACCAACGGCACCGACGGCGGCGACAAGGAGGCGGCGCCGGUGCCGAAGCAAAAGGGCGUCAGCGAGAGCAGUCGCUACGCGUGUCAGGUGUGCGGCAACCACUUCUGCAUAGACUGCGACGUCUUUGCGCACGAGGUCAUACACAACUGCCCCGGCUGUCAGAGCGACGCGCGGGGCGCUGUCACGAACGGGGAGAACGGGACGAACGGGGCGAUGGACGUGGACAGCUAG